AUGGACAACCGUAGGGUGAUGAAGGCGUACCGGGAUCGUUCCGGUCGCAUUCUGUCUACUGGCGGUCUUUUCUCGCGCGUGAAACGGUACUUUUCUGGCCCUUCACCGCAACAAACCUUGCCGGAACCAAAACAGGCCCAAAACCACAAGCAACGCAAUUUCACGACGGCAACGCCGCAAGCCCUACACUCCAAUACCUUGUUGGCAGACUUGAGUCGGUCUGUGACCAUGAGUUCGCCGCAGAAGGCGGCCACAGAGGGCGAGGACCCAAACCGCAUCUUAUCUGCGUUCUUCAAGGAGAAAGGCGAUAAGCCAAUCACCGAGGUGGAAUAUGAGGGGGUGAUGUCGCUUUUGGAACGAUCCAAGGCCAAUAUCACGCUUCCACACGAUGACAAACCUGUAGAACCCAAGGAAGAUGUAGAUGCUUCCGUGAACACACAAAUGAAUGAGUCUGCCGCUCACAACCAUACCUUUGCGCCCUACUCGCAAACCAAACUCAGAAACACGAGCAUGUUUUCGAACAACUCAUCCUUUGCCGUGUCAGAUUACAAGCCCACUUAUCACACAUUCAAUGAGUCUAAUACCUCCAGGGCUAACGUAUCCAUGAAGCGAGUAUACAAAUUCUCAGGCCUUCCUUCGCCAUACCAAACUAGAAUCAAGGCCCCAAAUUUUGCUGCACGCAAGCUAAGGCGCAUUGCACCUUUAGAUAAGCUGCAAGUCUCCACUGUAGACGUUUCAACAUCUGCUAUUGCAGAUUCCACAGCUCCAGAGCCCACAGCUGAGCCUUUUCGACCGAAGAGCAAAACGGCGAAUGCUCUCUUGUCAAUUCUUGACGGAGAUGAAGCUUCGCUGGCAAAAGCAGAGUCUGUCCCAGGAACCGAAGAAUCGUCCACGGUCAAGCCUCUUCACAACCCAUACUUCAGACCUAAGCGCAGGCAAGUGUCACGCCCCUCAUCUAAUCUCAGUGCUUCAGAUAUUACAAGCACUGUACUUCACAGUAAGACCGAAGCUUUGGAGGCAGACAUGAAAGAUUCCAAACCCUCCACUUCGAUUUUUGAAGACAUUAGUCUGAUUGGAUCAGAUCCACAAAUUAAGGAGCCUCAAGUCUCCAUUAGCGACAAAUCGCCUCAGAAGCCUGAUGCCAAGCUUGAAAGCUCAACUGGCGGAUUCAGUUUUGGAACGAAAGUGAGCUCUGAACCUAAACAAGAAACUGCACCAUUAUUCAGCGUUUCCAAAUCAGAGUCGGAUAAGGGCCACAACAGUAAGCCAUCGUUUACAUUUGCUUCCCUGAACUCACAAACAGCAAAGCUGAACUCCAACCCAGCAACAUUCACAGCACCAGUAGAUUCACUGAAUUCUACAAAAGAUCGCUCUGAAAAGUCUCAGACUAUCAACGGGUCUGCGUUCAAAUUCGCAACCGAGAAGCCUUCUACAUCUUCUCCGUUCAACUUUUCGACUCAGUCUGAGAAGAAGGAAAGCGAUGCCGAAUCAUCAAAGAAUGUGGCUGGCAAGCCUUUUGCUUUGAACACAUUUACCCCAAAUGCUUCUCAAGAAAGCAAGCCCACCAUCAAUUUCGGUGCAACAAGCAACAAGAGCGCUGAUUCCACAGUCCAGCAGGUGCCAGAGCAGCCCAAAGGUCAAUUUUCGUUUGGCUCUGUUGGUUCGAAGGAAGCCACCAACGGAAAGUUUGGUUUUAGCAUAUCAGGCAACACAGGUCCACAAAACACGGCUCAAACUGCUCCAUUAUUUGCAUCCUCUGGCAGCCUGGCAGGAUCCAUGUUCGGAGCGCUGAGCUCUACGCAGCCCACAUUCAAAUUCGGCCAGAAAGACACCACAAAUACUGUAGGUGAUAGAAAAAAUGGUGUGAGCGCCGAGGAAUCCACGGUCAACACGAGUAAAAGUGUUUUUGCAGGAGAGACGCAGAAGGCCAACGGUGUCAAUGGCAGCCAUUACGAGCAAAACCUUGCAUUUGCAUCGAUUCCGAGGAUUGCAGAGAAGGUGGAUGACGAGAAGGUGAAGGUGUAUGAAAGCUUGUACCAGUUCUAG